AUGACGCAAAGGAACGCGAAAGAUGGUAUUCGGGCAGGGGGUGAGGUGCCUACGGCCACUUCUGCGUACAAAUCACUCCCCCCAGCCCUUACCACGGGUGGAGACGCAGACGCCGGCCACGUCUCUAUAACCACAUCCAACCACACAUCGGCUCGCCUUACUGCGUUUUUGCUGACUGGGGUCCCAGGGCUCGAAGGCUCCCACAUCUGGCUCUCCAUCCCUUUCGGCGUCAUGUACCUUUUGGCUGUGAUCGGCAACGGCCUGGUGACGGCCCUGGUGGUCUGGGACAGAAGCCUCCACGAGCCCAUGUAUGUCUUCCUGGCCAUGCUGGCACUCAACGAUGCCCUCCUCUGUACUGUCACGGUGCCCAAAAUGCUUCUCAUUUUCUGGCAGGGCCCCUCCCCGUCGACCUUUCCAGCCUGCCUCGCACAGAUGUUUUUUGUUCACGCUCUGUUCCUUUCCGAGUCUGCGGUCCUGCUGGCCAUGGCUGUGGACCGCUGCGUGGCUAUCUGUGCGCCCCUGCAUUAUGCCACUCUCAUCACGGGCUCUCUCAUCGGCAAGGUGGGCCUGGCUCUGGUGGCUCGAAGUGUGGCUGUGGUCACCCCCGGCGUCCUCCUCAUUCUCCGACUGCGCUUCUGCCACAGCAACAUCAUCCGCCACACCUACUGUGAGAACAUGGGCAUUGCCAAGCUGGCCUGCAAUGACAUUGCCCCUAACAGCAUUUACGGGCUCACGGCUGCCCUCCUCACCACGGGCUUGGACUUUGUCCUCAUCUCCCUGUCGUACUGCUUAAUUCUGAGAACAGUCUUCCGACUCCCUUCUAAGGAGGCCAGGACAAAGGCCUUGGGGACCUGCGGAGCUCAUGGAUGUGUCAUCCUGAUAUUCUAUUCUCUGGCUUUCUUUUCCUUCUUUACCCAUCGCUUUGGAAACCACGUACCCAAGCAUACCCUGAUCCUCCUGGCAAACCUCUACUUACUGGUGCCACCCACCAUGAACCCCAUCGUGUAUGGAGCAAAGACAAAACAGAUAAGGAUGCGAGUGCUAGGCCUUUGCAGCCGUGCAGAAUGA